AUGGCUUUUUCUAGUAGAUUUUUCAAUCUAAUCGUUCUUGUGGCAAUUUUUCUUCCAACCAUUGCUAUUGCAACUGAUUAUGUAGUUGGAGACGACAAAGGUUGGACCAAUAAUGGUGUUGAUUAUGAAGCAUGGGCCAAAGAUAAAGAUUUCAAAGUUGGUGAUGCUUUAGUGUUCAACUACAAGCCUCCUAGUCACAAUGUGUACAAAGUGGACGGUGCUGGCUUCACGAGCUGCAAUACCACGUCGCAAAACGGCGAACCGCUGACGAGCGGGAACGACCGAGUGGAGCUCCAAGCCGCCGGUAACAAAUGGUACAUUUGUGGGAAAGAAGGCCACUGCGGCAGUGGCCAGAAGCUUAAAAUUUCAGUCAAGGAUAGCUCUGGUUAUAACUCUGCUGUUCAUGGGAUCGCAUUCUCUGCCUUUCAAGUCAUUGUUGUGCCACUUAUUGCUGUCCUCAUCAUAUAAUUUAUAAUUACAUUGA